UUCGCAAAAAAAAGAAAAAAACAUUUAAAAAAAUUCAGUGUGUUGAGCACGAUUUUUAAUUUGUUAAAUAAAAAGACAGACAAGAAGAAGUGAUUUGUGAAUUAAAUAAGCUAAUAAUGAUGACUCUUACAAUGCCGCCAGCAACAACAGAUGAGAAUCUUCGACUAUUGUCGACAGAAAAUAAAUUAAAAUCAACAGACAUUCAAGAAAUACUUAAAAGUGCGAGUAGUACUAAUGAUGAGAAUGUCAACGAUAAUGCAAACACAUCAAUCACAUCAAGCAAACAGAUGCCAUUCUACUUCGGAAUCUCAGAAAUUCUCCCAAACCUUUACCUUUGUGGAGCAUGUGCAAUUGUCAGACCAGAAACACUUGAAAAGCUACAAAUAAAGUUUGUUGUAAAUGCCACAGUUGAAUUACCAGAUACACCACUUCCAGAUGACAAGCCUGAAUAUAUGAGAGUUCCAGUCAAAGAUGUUCGUGAAUCAAAUUUAAUGGAAUAUUUCGAUACGGUUGCAGACAUGAUUGAAAAAACAAGACAGGAUGAUGGAAAGAGUUUAGUUCAUUGCGUAGCUGGAGUUUCACGAUCGACAUCCUUGGUAUUAGCUUAUCUUAUGAAGUACGCAGACAUGUCAUUGAUACAAGCAUUCCAGCAUGUGAGAAGCAUACGACCACAAAUUAGACCGAAUAUGGGAUUUUUCAAGCAACUAAUUGAAUAUGAGCAGAGACUUUAUGGCACAACGACAGUAUCUAUGGUUCAUUGUUCAUCACUCGGUGAGGAAAUUCCUGAUGUUUAUGAGUCGGAAUAUAAAGCAAUGGAAAUGUUGUAUCAAAAAUACAGAAGAAGCUUUGCUAGACGAUGAAUUUCCUGGCUAUAAAUAAGCUUUAAUUCAGUGAUAUGAAUGGUGAAAAUUGAAUAUUAAGAUGGAUGGAACCAACGCAAGUGUAACCAAAUGAUGGAUAAUUAAUUUAGUUGACUAAAACCUCUAAAUGUAUUGUAAUUAAUUUAAGAAGAAAUCUAUUGUAAUUUCGGAUUAAUUCAGCUAAUUAUGAUGAGUAAAUUUAAUUAAUUGAUAAUUUCUAAAUGUGUAAGAAUCAUGGAAAAAUUAAAAUUCAAU